CUUCACCACAGUGCUAACUACCUAGCGCUGCACCAACCAACCAGUAGUCAAUUAAGCAGCACUUGACCAUGGCGCCCAAGCAGCUCCCCGCCGUCCUCCUCGCCGCCUGCGCCACCCUCCUGGCCCUCGCCGCGCCAUUGCUCGCCGGCGACCCCGACAUGCUGCAGGACUUCUGCGUCGCCGAUUACAAAUCCCUCAACGGCCCAUUGCGGCUGAACGGGUUCCCGUGCAAGAGGCCGGAGAACGUGACGGCGGACGACUUCUUCUCCUCCGCGCUGGCACUCCCGGGCAACACCGGCAACCCGGUUGGGUCUGCCGUGACGGCGGCGAACGUGGAGAAGCUCCCGGGGCUCAACACGAUGGGCGUCUCCAUGUCCCGCGUGGAUUACGCGGCGUGGGGCGUGAACCCGCCGCACACCCACCCGCGCGCCACCGAGAUCAUUUACGUGUUGGAGGGCUCCCUCGACGUCGGCUUCGUCACCACCGCCGGCAAGCUCUUCGCCCGCACCGUCUGCAAGGGCGAGCUUUUCGUUUUCCCCCGCGGCCUCGUCCACUACCAGAAGAACAACGGUGGCGCGCCGGCCGCCGCCAUCUCGGCCUUCAACAGCCAGCUUCCGGGCACGCAGUCCCUCGCCCUAGCGUUGUUCGCAGCCUCACCACCGGUGCCCACCGACGUGCUGGCCAGGGCGCUCCAGAUCGACGGCGGCCUGGUGGAGGCCAUCAAGUCCAAGUUCCCGCCAAAGUAACUAGCCUUGCAUUUUGUUAGACUGUAUUUACAUGUGUAUAUUGUAACGUUGUAUACCACCUCAUUAUAUAUAUAUGUGAUAGGCCACCCUUAGAGGGUUGUGCCGGUUCCCCCCAAA